AUGAAGCUGACUUUGACUCAACCAUGUUCCUGGACACUUCUGCUGCUGCUGCUGUCAAACCUGCUCCUGUGGGAGGAUGUGGCCUUGGUCCCCUUGUGUGAAGAGGCAAAUGGGCAAUGCCAGUUGUCCCUCGGCUACUUUUUUGAUCAAGCACGUGAACUCUCUGAGAACAUCAACGUCCUCUCUUCAGAAACCUUCAAGGAGUUUGAUCAAGAUUUUGGGAUUGGUCAGCAGGUCAUCUUCAAGUUCCCCAUGGACUGCCACAUUUCUUCCGUUUCCAUUCCAAGUAAUGCAACCCAAGCCCAUGAAAUGCAGCCUACGGACCUUCUGAAUGUGACAAUGCACAUGGUAGCUGCCUGGGAAGUUCCCGUGAAGCGUGCAGUGGAUGAAAUGGCCGAUGUGGAAGCCAUGCCUGGUUUCAGUGCUAUCAUAACAAAACUCCGAGCGCUUCAUGACAAAAUCACGAAGCUCAUGCAGUAUCUGCAAGAUGUGAAGACUUUACUCAGCCAGGUUCAUCUUGAAGCUGAACAAAAUGAGAACUACCUUGCCUGGUCCGGACUGCCAUACUUAGAGAUGGAUAACAAAAGAUCCCGUCUUUUUGUCUAUCACACCCUUUUACGCUGCCUGAACUCUGAUGCCGAAAAGAUUGCCACCUUUGUCAAGACCCUGAGAUGCCAAAUGGUCCCCAGUAAAUGCUGA